CACGCUACUCACGUCGCCGCUCGUCGCUUUUCAAACAUGUCGGCAUCUGAGACAACGACAAAGGAAUCACCUGAAGGGAAUGACUCGGAAACGCAGGCAGGGUCGUUAACUGGACCAUGUCAAGUCAAGGAAGAUAAUGCAGCCUCCACCACAGCCGCUGUUGCCAAGAAGACAGAGCACAUGGGUGGUGUGCCGUCCAUGUUGUCUUCUCUACAGCCGAGUAAGGACACUAACAGGACCGAAGAGGAGGGUGAGAAACCACCUCCACCUGCCUCAUCCCUAAACAAACCUGCUGCAGGCCACGCAGCAAAGUCCCUGAUGUCAACGUCCUCCUCUUCGUUGUCCUCCGCUCCUUCUACGUCUUCAACGUCGUCCCCUGGCCGAGCAAAGAUGAGCGUUUCUGGGCCGGGCAGCAGUAAAUCUCUCCUGCCACCAGCUCCCUCCUCCUCUUCCUCCUCCUCCUCCUCCUCUUCUUCCUCUUCCUCCUCAUCUGCUACGGCCUCCUCGUCUCCCUCUGUCUCACCUGCCCCAACCAAGGUCCACCGAGCCCGCAAGACCAUGAACAGGCCACCAGCAGGACAGAUGAGUCACGCUGAGGCCCCUGUUGCGUCUGUGACUCCUUCAGGAUCCUCUACCUGUCUUCCCUCUGACUCUGAAAUUGUCGCGGUAAAAAGGAGAAAGCUGGAUAAUUUAUCUGACGGCACAGCCGAGAAGUCCGAGAACAUUCCAGACAAUGCUCAAAAUGAAGAAACUUUAUUCCAUAAAAUGGUGGAGACUUCACCAGUGAAGAGCAACAGCGGUGUGGGGAAGUCGGAGGAGGAGGCAGCCAAGAAAAUGCACAUAUCCAGACCAUCCAUGCGAGAUUCAGAAAAGACUUCAGAGUCUGAAACACAGAGAUCCGUUCAGAGAAGAAAUGAGAGUGACGAGUCUUCAUGGCCACAGUCGGACCAGGACAAAGAGAGAAACGCUGCUUAUGUGGUGGAGACAGGGGGAGCAGGAAGGCCUGCAGAGUACACAGAGGUUCCAUUGGGGGCGCUGGACAUCGCCGCUGCCGACAGUCUGACUCUUUCUCCCCAUCACGACGGCAGUGAUGCGGGCGACACGGAGCGGCUGGAGGAGCUUCCUCUGUGCAGCUGCAGGAUGGAGGCUCCGCGUGUCGACAGCACCAGCCAUCGGCUCAGCAGACAGUGCAUGGCCACGGAGAGCGUCAACGGAGAGCUGAGGGCCUGUACCAGUCACACUAACAAAGGGGAGACCAUGCGUCCAUCCAGCCGAGUGACCCUCAUGGUGCUUUGUGAAGUCCAUCGUUCACACAUGGUCAAACACCACUGCUGUCCUGGGUGUGGAUACUUCUGCAUAGCGGGCACAUUCCUCGAGUGCUGCCCGGACCAGCGCAUCGCUCACCGCUUCCACCGCGGUUGUGUGACCGUGCUGAGUGGCGGGCGCAGCAGGUCAAAUGGCGGUGGCAUGCUUUUCUGUCCGCACUGCGGCGAAGACGCCUCAGAGGCGCAGGAGAUCACCAUCUCCUCUUUUAGCUCUUCCACAGCCUCCGCCACCACUGUGGUCACCAUGUCGGCCUCCUCCACCACCACCCCGUCUCUGCCGCCGUCCGCCCCCACGGCGCCCUCCCUCACAGCCUCAACGGGGGGGAUGAAAGAUGGGAAAAUGCCUGAAAGACCUGUCAGUGCUCGUAUGCGUAGCCAUGGUUUGAUAACACUGGCAGUGGAGCAGCAGCAGCCGCCGCAGCCUGUCGCCUCGGCAGCGACCGCGGCCACGAUCCCCCCAGCCGAGGAGGGAGUGGAUAGCGUGGGGCCGUCUCUCUGUUUGCCAAACGGGAAACCCAUCAGCCCCAGUGUACUUCCUCCAGGCCCCAGCAGGGCGGUGCUGCAGAAGGCCAUUCUAACGCAGGACACAGAGAGGAGGAAGAAACUUAGGUUCCAUCCUCGCCAGCUCUACCCCGCCGCCAAGCAAGGAGAGGUGCAGAGAGUUCUGCUCAUGCUGAUGGAGGGUAUAGAUCCAACGUACCAGCCUGACUCUCAGAACAAACGCUCUGCUCUGCACGCCGCUGCACAGAGAGGUCUGCUGGAGGUCUGCUACAUGCUGAUACAGGCUGGUGCUAACGUGGAUGCCCAGGACAAAGACCUGAGGACUCCUCUGGUGGAAGCCAUCAUCAACAAUAACAUUGAGGUGGCUCGAUACCUGGUCCAGAACGGUGCCUGCGUCUAUCAUGUGGAGGAGGACGGAUAUACCGGCCUGCACCACGCUGCCAAGCUGGGCAACCUAGAAAUCGUCAGAAUGCUGCUGGAGACGGGGCAGGUGGAUGUGAACGCACAGGAUAGCGGUGGCUGGACGCCAAUCAUCUGGGCUGCAGAGCACAAACACGUGGAUGUGAUCAAAACGCUGCUCAACAGAGGAGCUGAUGUCACCAUCAGCGAUAAGUCCCUCCCUUCCCUCCAGGAGCUGAACGUGUGUCUCCACUGGGCGGCUUACGCGGGCAACGUGGACAUAGCGGAGCUGGUGUUGAACUCAGGCUGUUCCCUCGCCGCGGUCAACAUGCACGGGGACACGCCACUCCACAUAGCCGCCCGAGAGGGAUACUUGGAAUGUGUUACGUUGUUCCUCUCCAGAGGUGCAGAUAUUGACAUCGUGAACAGGGAAGGGGACACACCCCUCACCCUCGCACGGGUCGAUACACCGGUGUGGGUCGCACUCCAAAUCAACAGGAAGCUGCGGAGGGGAAUAACCAACCGCAUGCUUCGGACUGAAAGAAUCAUCUGCAGUGACGUUGCACAGGGCUACGAGAACGCACCGAUCCCCUGCGUGAACGCGGUGGACGACGAGGGUUGUCCCUCGGACUACAAAUAUGUUUCUGAAAACUGUGAGACUUCGGCGAUGAACAUAGACCGCAACAUUACACACUUACAGCACUGUAGCUGCACUGACGACUGCUCGUCUAGCAACUGCCUCUGUGGACAGCUCAGCAUCCGUUGCUGGUACGACAAGGACCAGCGGCUGCUUCAAGAGUUCAACAAAAUUGAACCUCCGCUUAUAUUCGAAUGCAACAUGGCGUGUUCCUGUUAUCGAACAUGCAAGAACAGGGUGGUGCAGGCGGGCAUCAAAGUUCGUCUCCAGCUCUACAGGACGGAGAAGAUGGGCUGGGGGGUCCGAGCUCUGCAGGAUAUUCCCCAAGGGAGCUUCAUAUGCGAAUAUGUUGGAGAACUGAUCUCUGACGCAGAGGCAGAUGUCCGAGAAGACGACUCUUACCUGUUUGACCUGGACAACAAGGAUGGGGAGGUGUAUUGCAUCGAUGCGCGAUACUACGGAAACAUCAGCCGCUUCAUCAACCACCUGUGUGACCCCAACCUCAUCCCUGUGCGCGUGUUCAUGCUGCACCAGGACCUGAGGUUCCCGCGCAUUGCCUUCUUCAGCUCCAGAGACAUCCACAGCGGACAAGAGCUUGGGUUUGACUAUGGAGAUCGGUUUUGGGACAUAAAGAGCAAGUAUUUCACUUGUCAGUGUGGAUCAGAGAAAUGCAAACACUCGGCCGAGGCCAUCGCCUUGGAGCACAGCAGGCUGGCUCGGCUGGAGGUCUGCCCGGAAUCGGGAGCUGACUGUGGGAUGACCAUGCUCGGAAGCUCUUAAAAACACUAAACCACGGGGGCCUUUGGAUUAACAUCUUCACUUUUACAUGCACACACAAAAUUCUGUGUUCAAUGUAUGGUGCUAGUUUUUUCCUACUUGUGAGAUGCAUGUAUUUGUUUUUUCUCUUUUGAGGGCAUGGACCCUAUCAUGUUUUUAAACAUUGUGUAUAUUAUGUUUGUAGAAAGAAGAGGGAGGUCUUGUCAUUCUGUACAUACAGUAUUUUUACUGUAUCUCACUCUGAACUUUUUACCUUGACAUGCAAGGUUUGUGCAUUAGCAAUCCGCCAUCAUAUAACAGUCAUACACAUACAUUGUAUUUUCUGUCGUGCCAACAAACACAGUACAGCGAUGGCUCGGCCUAUAAGGACCUGAGAGAUAGUGUUGAUUUGGACGCCCUGUGUUAGCUUUAUGUUCUCUAUUUUUAUACAUACUGUUCUUUUUGUCACAUCUAGUGUAAUAAAUUAGCUCAUGAGUUGAUCUUUGGGCUCUUGUA